GUUGAGUCUCAGAUGCUCAGCACCUUUAAAGGGUUUUGGGGCGACUAUCACAAGCACUUCAAAAAGUACAACGACCCCGAGGAGGCUCGUGUCAACCCACCAAACCUAUUUAUGGGACGUAAUAAGGAUUGGCACUUUCUCUGUGACCAUUACAUGAGUUGUGCAUUCCAGGAGCAAUCACGGAUGAACAAGGCUGCUAGACAGAAGCAACCUUACAAUCAUCACAACAGAUCAAAGUUGUUUCUUCAACGACAGCACGAGCUCACUGAGCAAAGAAGGGAGUCGGUCGACUAUUUGGAGUUGUUCCGGGAAACACACGUUCGAUCUGAGAUGUUCGUGUUGCAGGCCGCAGAGAAUGCGCAUAUAAAACAAAUGCUGGAACUCCAGUCCCAGCCUAUCCUAGAGGGUAGUCAGCCACUCUCUGAGGAUGAGAUAUGUGAUCAGGUGUUGGGUAGACGACUAGGCUACUCAAAAGGCCUUAAUUGGGGACCUAAGUCGAAAGCUCGCAAGAUGACAAGUGCGAGCAGUUCCCCGACGUCAUGUUCGCAGUCCACAGAAAGAGAGAUUCAAUGACAAGAUAAGCUUGAUUAAGCUUUGGAACGGAUUGAACGAAUUGAAGAGCGGACAAGAAAUAACCAAGCGUUAGCUUCAAAAGUGAAACAAAUGCGGAAGCUCAUAUAAAACAUGACUCGGGCACAGCAAGGACUACCACAUGAUCCUUAGCUUUGCGGUAUGCAUAUAUGUUUCCAUUAUUCUUAAGUUUUUUAAAUGACAAUGAUGAUAUGGAUAUAUAUGUACUAAACUUAGCCACUUUUGUAUCAUUGUACGACCCAUGGUGUAGAAUGGCGU